AUGGCUAAAGGUCAUGCGGUUGCCAAGAAACCUGCUGCUCGCCGUAAGACCGGCCGAGGGCCUGCCGAUACCUUGGCAGGGCCGAGUUGGAAAGCUUGGGUCAGCCACUUGAAAAGUGUCGGGCCCACAUGGUUGUACGCCCUUACGUGCCUUUCCCAUCUGCUCUGCGUGCGAGUUACAGAAGCUUGCAUGUUGCGUCGAUCGGAUGUUGACCUCGAGGGCAGGACGGUACACGUUGGGGCAUUGAAGCGCGGGGCUGCCCUCAAGAAACCGUUGUCGAAUGCAGCUUUCAAGCUUCUCUCUGAGUGGCAAGAGGCUGGAGGUGUCUCGGUUCACCGCACUCGUCGAUGGGGCAGCCGGGGGGCCGUGACCUACAAGGAUGAGUGGGAAUUUCCAGCAACGGAUGAAGCUUACCUGUUCCCAAGCAAGCGAAAGGAUUCAGCCAAAGAUCGUCGCACCAAGGACACUGUCUCCAAAGCCAUCCGGAAAGCCCGCGAGACAUUCGUUCCACCUCCCAACACAGAUGUCAAGAUUGCAUCCAUUAGAAGCCACUCAGCUCGUCAUCGGUGUUGCAACGAUUUGAAAUCCUCCAUGGUUCCCUCAGAACUUGGGAAGAAGUUCGCAAGGAUCAGCUCAGACAAAGUGUGGGCGGGAUACGGGAAGCUGACGGACCAACAGCUUGCUAGUGGGAUGGCUCGUCAACACGAAGUGCAGCAAGUCUGGUCGGAAAUCUAUGCCUCUGACCAAGCCCCAUAG